UUGUGAGCACGCUAACGAUGCCAGCGCUCGCAGUCGCCGCCGCCGCCCAGUAGAGAGAACCCCCCCACCCCCAGCCCGAGGACCGAGGACCGUGCACCGAGCAACACGAACCCGCUACAGAGACCGAUAGCGCGCGCGCAAGAGACUGAGACAGACUUAUGUUCUAACCGAACGUUGUCUUUUGCGGGAUUUAAUGCUCUAGCUAGUCGCCGAAAGGGGAGAGAGAGAGAGAGAGAGAGAGAGAGAGAGAGAGUGAGAGAGAGAGUGUUUGUGUGUGUGUGUGUGUGAGAGAGAGAGGGACAGCCUUAGAGAGGGAUAAGGAAGAAAUACCGAGGAAAAAGAGGAUUGCUCGCUAUUUCUCACCCUGACUAUUUUGGAGAUAAAGAAGAGCCGAGGUUCAUCUAGCCAUGGGAUGUACACUGAGCGCAGAGGAGAGAGCGGCUCUGGACAGGAGCAAAGCCAUAGAGAAAAACCUCAAAGAAGACGGAGUCACUGCUGCUAAGGAUGUGAAAUUGCUCCUGCUAGGGGCUGGGGAAUCUGGGAAAAGUACCAUCGUGAAACAGAUGAAGAUUAUACAUGAGGAUGGUUUCUCUGGUGAUGAUGUGAAGCAGUACAAGCCAGUGGUCUACAGCAACACCAUCCAAUCCCUGGCUGCUAUCGUUCGUGCCAUGGACACACUGGGGCUUGAGUACGGAGACAAGGAGCGCAAAGCUGAUGCGAAGAUGGUGUGUGAUGUCGUGAGCCGUAUGGAAGAUACUGAGCCCUACUCCCCGGAACUGUUGUCUGCCAUGAUCCGAUUGUGGUCUGACUCAGGCAUCCAGGAAUGCUUCAGUCGUGCCCGCGAGUACCAACUCAACGACUCCGCCCAAUAUUACUUAGACAGUUUAGAUCGGAUCGGUGCUGCAGACUACCAGCCCACAGAGCAGGACAUUCUGCGAACUCGAGUGAAGACCACCGGGAUUGUAGAAACCCACUUCACAUUUAAGAACCUGCACUUCAGGUUGUUUGAUGUGGGAGGUCAGAGGUCGGAGAGGAAGAAAUGGAUCCACUGCUUUGAGGAUGUCACCGCCAUCAUCUUCUGUGUGGCUCUGAGUGGAUACGACCAGGUGCUCCAUGAAGACGAGACCACGAACCGCAUGUUUGAAUCCUUGAAGCUGUUUGACAGCAUCUGCAACAACAAAUGGUUCACAAAUACCUCCAUCAUUCUCUUUCUCAACAAAAAGGACAUAUUUGAGGAGAAAAUUAAGAAAUCCCCCCUAAGUAUCUGCUUCCCAGAGUACACAGGUUCAGACACGUUUGUGGAAACGGUGGACUACAUUCAAUCCCAAUUCGAGAGUAAGAACAAGUCAGUUGAAAAGGAGAUCUACUCGCACAUCACCUGUGCUACAGACACCAACAACAUUCAAUUUGUCUUCGACGAUGUCACCAAUGUUAUCAUCGCCAACAACCUGCGCUUCUGUGGUCUUUACUAAUUAACAUUGAAACCCACUUAGAUCCUUGCCACAAUUUUGGCAACUGUUGUCUGAUUGAUAUGUGACUUUUUGUCCUUGUUUUAUACUUCUAAGUGUCUUGUGCUUCAUUGGUUUCCAUCAAGCAGGUCCGGCCUGUUAAGACUUGUUAUAAUGUUAGAAGUACCUCAAAUCUAGUAAUAGUUCUCACAAAGAUGUUGUUUCAUUUAUCACAAGGUGGGUGGAUGCCAAAUUUAAACCAAAGGUCUGGACUAUUGAUUUUGUUCUUGUACAUUGUUACAGUCAUAGGAAUGUGCUUUGAAUGUCCUUCCUGAGUGGUGUGAUAGAGUGAGGUCAGGUUAUGGGAGAAGAAUGUAUUGAUUACAUUUAGGUGCCAAACAUCCUCCACUUUCUACUUUUUUCUUAAUUUUAAUUUAGCAUAUAAAAACCCAGACCUGCCCUAUAGUCUAUACUACAGAGAAUUCACCAGAUUAUAUUAGAUUCAUGAGUUUAUAUGGCAAUAUUUUGAAAUCCAAUGACUAUGUAUGUUCUAUACUCAUUAAUUAUAAAGGAAUUAUGGAAUAUGUAUUCUAAGAAUAUUCACAAGAUGGCUCAUAUUACAUGUGUUCCGAGUUGACAGCAAACGCAGUUUUGAUGAAACACUAGGCUUGACAUUUACUUGGCAUUUAGAAGAGAGUGCAAAUGUACAAUGCCCUGAGCCAAACCACACAAAUGUUAGCAUCUUAGCAUCCUAGAAAGCAACAGGACAUUUUACUGUUCAAAAUUGGAUUUUGGACCUUUUAACCCAAAAACCCAGGGCAUACCAAAAGUACAAAUUCAGUUGUUUUGGUUUGUUUUUGCAUUGAGUUGAGAAUAUAGAAUAUUGCUCUUUUACACCCCAAUGAAAAUUCUCUCUAAAUAAUGUAUAUCUGAUUCAGAUUUUUGUACUUUUAAUGCAGUGUUCUUGUCUAUUUACAAUAUGUUUUACAACUUGUAGUACAAUAACCCGAAUAUAUAUGUAUAUUUAUGUACAGUUGAUGUCAGAAGUUUACAUACACCUUAGCCAAAUACAUUUAAACUCAGUUUUUCACAAUUACUGACAUUUAAUCAUAGAAAACAUUCCCUGGAUCACUAGGAUCACUACUUUAUUUUAAGAAUGUAAAAUGUCAUAAUAAUAGUAGAGAGAAUAAUUUCAGCUUUUAUUUCUUUCAUCACAUUCCCAGUGGGUCAGAAGUUUACAUGCCAUUUGUUAGUAUUUGGUAGUAUUGCAUAUAAUGUUUUAACUUGGGUCAAAUGUUUGGUUAGCCUUCGAAAAACUUCUCAAAAUAUUGAGUGGAAUUUUGGCCCAUUCCUCCAGACUGAACUGGUGUGACGGAGUCAGGCUUGUAGGCCCCCUUGCUCGCACAUGCUUUUUCGGAUUGGAUUCAGGUCAGGGCUUUGAUGGCCACUCCAAAACCUUGACUUUGUUGUCCUUAAGCCAUUUUCCACAACUUUGGAGGUAUGCUUGUGGUCAUUGUCCAUUUGGAAGACCCAUUUGCAACAGAGCUUUAACUUCCUGGGUGGAUGUUGAUGUUGCUUCAAUAUAUCUACACAAUUUUCCUUCCUCAUGAUGCCAUUUAUUUUGUGAUGUGCACCAAUCCAACCUGCAGCAAAGCACCCCCACAACAUGAUGCUGCCACCCCCAUUCUUCAUGGUUGGGAUGAUGUUCUUCGGCUUGCAAGCCUCACCCUUUUUCCUCAAAACAUAAUUUGUGGUCAUUAUGGGCAAAAAGAAAAAGAUUUUUUGUCUCAUCAGAAAAGAGGACAUUUCUACAAAAGUAAGAUCUUUUUCCCCAUGUGCACUUGCACACUGUAGUCUGUCUUUUUUAUGGCAGUUUUGGAGCAGUGGCUUCUUCCUUGUUGAGCAGCCUUUCAGGUUAUUUCGAUAUAGGACUCCUUUUACUGUGGAUAUAUAUACUUGUCUGCCCGUUUCCUCCAGCAUCUUUACAAGGUUCUUUGCUGUUGUUCUGGGAUUGAUUUGCACUUUUCACAACAAACUACAUUCAUCUCUAGGAGACAAAAUGUGUCUCCAUCCUGAGCGGUAUGAUGACUGUGUGGUCCUAUAGUGUUUAUUUUUAUGUACUAUUGUUUGUACAGAUAAGCAUUUGAAAAUUGGAGGUCCACAAUUUUCUUUCUGAGUUCUUAGCUGAUUUCUUUAGAUUUUCCCAUGAUGUCAAGCAAAGAGGCACUGAGUUUGAAGGUAGGCCUUAAAAUAAAUCCACAGGUACACCUCAAAUUGACUCCAAUUAGUCUAUCAGAAGCAAAUUGGCUAAUUGUCUAAAGGCUUGACAUCCUUUUCUUGAAUUUUACAAGCUGCUUAAAGGCACAGUUAACUAAGUGAAUGUAAACUUCUGACCUACUGAAAUUGUGAUAUAGUCAAUUAAAAGCAAAACAAUCUGUCUGUAAACAAUUGUUGGAAAAAUUACUUGGGUCAUACACAAAGUAGAUGCCCUAAACAACUUGAGAAAACUAUAGUUUGCUAAUAUUAAAUCUGUGGAUGAUUAAAAAUGAGUUUUAAUGACUUUAACCGAAGUGUAUGUAAACUUCUGACUUAAACUGUAUGUAUGUAUGUAUUUUGCACUUCUUUUAAGCAGUGAUUAAUAUCAGAUUUUCGGCCACCAGAAUAGAAUCACUGAGCUGUCUAACCCCAGGUUGCCUGCUUUGUUUUAGAUUAAGUUUAAUUUAUUUUUGACAUAGUUUGAAUGAUUGCUGGUCACAAACAGUAUGUUUAAAACUGCAGUCAUAAGCACUUUGUUAAUCAUGUUUAGGAGAAAGACAGUUCCAACCAAAAUAACAAGAAUUUCCAUUUUUCAUUGAAUUGUGAACAGGAACAUUACUGUAAUGACUACUUAUUUAAAAGGAAGUUGAAAAGGCUGUUUUGUCUGAUGAGAUGUUGUUUGUUCUAAAACAUGAUAUGAUGUGUUUCUUACAUCUCCAAGGUUGUCCUUGUAUUGAACCAAGUCCUUGACCACUAGCCGUUGCUGUGUGUUUUUAUGUGUGUAUGUCAAAAUACAAAUCUACUGUACAAUUUACUUUAAGUGCCAUAUAUGCUUCGGAUAUAUGGCAAAACAAAUUUGAAUGUAUUUUACUCACCCUCAUGUCGUUUCAAAACACAAAAUGUGAAUGCAGAUGCUGCUGUUUUAUUCCAUACAAAGAAAGUGAAUAGAGACUGGCUGUCAGUCCCUAACAUUCUGCCCAGCUGAGCAGCUUGCAAAUUCUGCUAAAUAUCUCCUUUUGUGUUCUUUGGGAAAAAAUAAAUAAAUCAAUAAAAUCAUACAUUAUGAGUUUGGAAAAUUGUAAAAGUUAGUAAAUAAUUUUUAUUUAUUUUUUUAUUUUUUUGCGUUAAAGGAAUAUUCUGGGUUCAAUACAAGUUAAGCUCAAUCUACAGCAUUUGUGGCAUAAUGUUGAUUACCAAAAAAAAAUAAAAAUUCAACUCAAUCCUACUUAAAAAAAAGAGGUUACAGUGAGCCACUUACAAUGAAAGUGAAUGUGGCCAAUUAUUUGAGGAUUUAAAUGCAAAAAUUUGAAAUUUAUAAUUUUAUAAAAGCACUUACAUUAAUUCUAUUUGUUGAUAUUAUUUUGUCAUGGCAAUUAAGUUGUACAAUUGGCUAUAUCUUUACACAGAAAAUAUUAGAUAAUUAGUUAGAUUUUUAUAAAUCUAAAACCAUGUUAACUCAAAAACUGUUUUUUUCUUGUGGUUAUACUUUUGAAACUCACUUUUUGAAAGUGAGUAUUUUAACAUUUACGGUUGGCCCCAUUUACUUCUAUUGUAAGUGCCUCACUGGAUCCCAGAAUUUGGCUUUUUUUAAAGAAAAGGGUCAAGUCAAAAUUAUUUUUGUGGUAAUCAGUAUUAUGGCACAAAUGCUGUCGAUUGAGCUUAACUUGUAUUGAACCUGGAACAUUCCUUUAAAGGUGCACUGAAUUAUUUGUUCCUCAUUAAAAAAGUUUUACUCCUAAAGAAAUUAAUAGUAAUUUUGAAACAUUGGUGUAAAAUAAUGUGCAACUUGAGAUGAAGACUCCAGUCAUAUCAGUAACCUUAAUAAAAAGCUGUUUUAUUCUAUUUGGAGAGGGUCCCCACAUGGGGGGCUGACCUGUUAGAAACACAUGACCAGCUAAAUUCUACUCAUUAAUCUCAGUAACCGCCUUGAUAUUAGACAAUUUUGCUCUUGAAUUAAAUUAAUCAUGGCUGACUGUGAAUUGUAAAUUUCUACAAUGACAUCUGAAACUAAAAACUAUUGAUUUUGUAUGAUGCUGCAUCCACGCCACUAAGUGUCACUCUAGGUACAAUAUUACACAAAUGCAAAGGUUACUGAGUGCACCUUUAAUCUUUACCUCUCUUUAGGAUAACAUUUGUAAAAUGUCACCUUGUCACCAUUAAGUCUUAAGCAGUUUCUAGCUGCUGUGAAUCUAUGAGAAAAAUGAUUAAAUUCAAUAGUUUGCUUCAGAAGGCCAAAGGACAGUGAUUCAUUUCCUAAACAAAUAAGCCAAAACAGCAACCUUAAAUGUACAUUUGAUAUAAUCUGGUCAUAUAUGGUGGUUUCCUUGAUGUUAAACCAUGCUGAAUUGUGCCAACAAUGAGCUGUUAUUUGUACUGUACUAGUGUCAAUAAUGAGUGCCUUUCAGCCUUUGUACAGGCAAUUUUUAGACAUUUUGCUGGGGAGGAACACAGCAUUCUCUGAGCUUUGUAAAUAAAUUUUGCGAACAUGUGUGUGGUGUACAUUGGCUUACAUUCCAGAAACCAAACACAUACCCAACAGGGACAGCAAUAUAAUGUAUUUGUUAUUGUUAACCUCUUGGGCUUUGUAAAACUAUUUAGCCUAAAUUCUUGAUUGGAUUUUAAUUUCAAAGAAUGAUCAGUAACAGGGUGUGUGGAUGUAGAAAUGUAUUGUCAGCUCAGACAUUUGGGUAAUUAGUUCAGUGGCCAAGGUAAAGAGACUGAAGGGUAAUUGAGUCUGUCUGUUGCUAAGGGGAAAAAGGCCAGUUUGUUCCCUGAGUUGUAGCUGUAUUACAAAUAGCAGUUGUACCCAGGCUUCUUUCAUCACACUGACUAAUUUCUAAUGUAAUAUAGCUGUACAUUUUGCUAAUAUAACAUGAUUUACCAGAAUUGGUACUUAAAUUAGACAGGAAAUAUUGAGUUCCAUGGUGUUAAUAUUUUACUUGGAAUAUGCCUCCAAGUAUACAUGCAGACUGGAGCCAUAUUCUCCCAUCUUAUUACUGAGUUCCCAAUCCCAAUGCCCAUCAAUAGUUUGAUGUUUUUGUUGUUGCUGUGAUUAUAUUUGUAUGUAUCUCUCACUGCUGUGAUUAUUUGUUGAACAAUGGAUAUCUAUUUAUAUGAUAUAAAUUAAUAAAGUGCUCGUGAAAUCCGGUGUGUGACACCCAUUUUUGACUCUUGCCUCCUCUCUAACACAAACAAACCUCUUAAAAUGUAUUUUGUUUGAGCGGAUGCUAAUAUCUUUC